UUUUUUUGAAAAAAGAUCUCUUAAAUGAAAUGCUCCUAUAUUCUUCCCUCUGACGUUUCUGCCAAUUCCAGAGUCUUUGAUCUUCUUCUGUAACUGACCCCUCUCUCUCUCUCUCUCUCUCCGGGGAUUCGUCGCGGAAAUGGCUUCGGGCAUAAAGAUCGUGUUCGGUCUCCUGACAUUUGUCACUGUCGGAAUGAUUAUCGGCGCUUUGUUUCAGUUAGCCUUUAUACAUAAACUGGAAGACUCAUACGGAACCGAACUUCCAUCUCUAAAAAGACUUAGGAGUCGGAAUGAUCGCUAUCUACCAAGAGGUGUCUCACAUUGGACAAACGACAGAGACGCAGAAAUCUUACGGCUCGGAUAUGUCAAGCCUGAAAUAGUCAGCUGGUCUCCUCGAAUUAUUGUGCUACAUAACUUUUUAAGCAUGGAGGAAUGUGACUACCUGAGAGCUAUAGCCCGGCCUCGCCUUCAGGUUUCCACUGUCGUGGAUGCAAAAACCGGGAAGGGAGUCAAAAGCAAUGUAAGAACGAGCUCGGGUAUGUUCCUAAGUCACGAAGAGAGAAAGUAUCCGAUAAUUCAGGGAAUCGAAAAGCGGAUUUCUGUCUUUUCUCAAGUGCCCGAGGAAAACGGGGAACUCGUUCAAGUCCUAAGAUACGAGCCGAGUCAGUUUUACAAACCGCACCAUGAUUACUUCUCCGACACCUUCAACUUGAGACGAGGUGGCCAGCGCGUAGCAACAAUGCUUAUGUAUCUAAGUGAUGAUGUCGAAGGAGGGGAAACAUACUUCCCUCUGGCGGGGGAAGGGGAAUGCACCUGCGGAGGGAAGAUCAUGAAGGGAAUCUCGGUGAAACCCGCGAAGGGAGACGCAGUGCUCUUCUGGAGCAUGGGACUGGACGGACAGUCGGAUCCGAGAAGCAUACACGGGGGAUGCGAGGUUCUGUCGGGAGAGAAAUGGUCUGCUACCAAAUGGAUGAGACAAAGAUCUACUUUCUAACUUUUAACGUAAGAAACCAGAAGAUCUCCAUUUUUAUAUAAACCAAUGAACCACAGAAUUCCAUGAUCAAAGCCAUAGAAUUUCCCACAGUUUUCUUCUUCUUCUUCUUCUUCUUCUCUGUUUCGGACAUGGAUUCUAAUGUCUAUCAUUAUACGGAGUGUUCUAAUUUUGGGCUUAGCAAUAGAAUCACUGUUUUGCUUUU